CAAGUCAAAUUGUAAUUUUGAAUCAAGAUGGCAUCCAGAAAAAAACGUUACCCUCCUCCGUGGGCAAUCCACCGGCGUCAGCCUAGUGUUUCGGCCAGCGCCAACAGCAGCGGAGUUGUGCUCGGUUACGAUAAGGGUGAGAGGGUCACUUUGCAAAAAAUUCCGUUUAAACCUGAUGAGAAGAGGGAUGAAGAAAGUGAGCGCUACUGGGAAAAUCUCACAAAGUUACGCGAUGAUAAUCUGGUCCAGUAUCGCAGCUUUACGCUACAGGAUGAUGGCAGAUACCUUGCAAUGGAGUUGUGUCAGGGAACGAUGCUCGAAUACUGUCGCGGAAAAUUAGACAGCGCAAUUGCGUCACUCGUUAAAGGAAUUGAUGUCAUGUGGCAAAUUACGUGCGCUGUCGAUUACCUCGAUCGCCAAGGAAUUGGGCACGGAGAUUUGAAACUGGAAAAUGUGCUUUUUAAAAAAGUCGAUUCGGAACCCCAACGGGUUAUUGCCAAACUAUCCGGAUAUGGAUGCAAUUUUCUCCAAUCUAGGGAUGACGUCAAGACGGAUUUCUCCAAACUCGGCCGCUUUUACAUUUCCGCUGCAACUAAAAGGGAGACGAGGCCAAAGGGACCUCGCACCACGUGGAAUUUGGUUGGAAUCGAUUCUGAGGCCCAAAAUCUUGCAUUGGAAUUGAUUAAUCUUGUGGCUAUUGCUAAAAAACCGUUUACGUUUGAAGCUGGCACAUUACUGCGACACCCGUUUUUUAUCCGUUACUGCCAAUUUGCGUUACCAAGACUAUUUAACGAGCAGGCUAACAAGGAAAUUUUGACAAGGUUAAAAAUGAAAGAAAACCUUACAAUAUGGACGAAAUCUUUAGGUAAUGGCCAGCCUUCACACGAAGAUUUCAGCGACCUAGAGAGGAUUCUUUUUUUAGAAAAUAAAGACAUGGAAACUUCGUUAAUUGAGGUGUCCACAAGAACACUUGAAUUACUUUCGCAAUACAUUUGGCAUCUUUCCACUACCUCAGCUGCCAUCCCUCAAGUAGAUAAACAAAGAUCCCGUCUGGAAAUAAGAGAGCCUUUAGGAAAUGGGAGUUUUGGAGAUGUGUACAAAUGUUUUUAUACCAAUAACGACGGAAUGCAAAUUCUGGCUGCCUGCAAAACAAGUAAAACAGGCGACGAAUCCAUUAACGUAUUUCAACGCGAAAUCGUUACUCUGAAGCAACUGGAGAAUUUAUUCAUCAUUAAGUACCUAGAAGUCGUAGAAGUGGAUAAGAAACCGUAUAUCGUCAUGGAAUUGUGCCAGGGCUCCUUAAAGGAGUACGUUCUAGGAACGUUGAAACGAAUUCCUAAAGACUCGUUCGAUGACAAAAUAAUAAUAAGUCAAGUAGCCCUUGGCAUGGCCUACCUCCACAGCAAAGGAAUCAUCCACAAGGAUUUAAAACUCGAAAAUAUCCUACUUCAAUGUCAACCGCCUAAAUCCAAUAUUAUAUUGAUCAAGAUCGCUGAUUUUGGAAUUGCUAAAAAACUGAAACCGGAAUCUUCUAGUUUCAGUGUGACUAGUCUCCCUGGUACACAAUCUUACAUGGCACCCGAACUUCUCCGUGCUCCUGAAGGCCUUUAUCCGGCCAAUUUUUCCAGCGACGUGUAUGCUUUGGGCAUAACAAUUGCGCGAAUUGUGUUAAAAGGAGAUCAUCCUUUCCCUGGCCCCCUUUACGCACAAACGAAUUCCAUGGCUCGGGGGAUGGUUCCACCAAAUCUUCAACAUCUCAAUUGGGACCUGAUUGAUUUGAUCCUCAAAUUAACAGAUAAAGAUCCAGGAAAACGUCCUAGCAUGGCCUUAGUUUUGUGCCAUCCAUAUUUCGUCUUGACAAAUGACAAGACCAAAAGACAUUUCAUCGAUCAUCUAUGGGCACACAGCAAUUCGAAGGAGGAUAAAAAGAAUUCAAUGAAACAAAUGUUCAACAGCCACAAUUUCCAGGAGUGGUACACAACAAUCACUGCUGAUACGCAAGAAACUGCCAAGGAGAUCGCCGAUAGGGAGGAAACUCAUCGAUUGUUUAGCCAAAUUCAACCAGAUUGCACAGUUGAAAGUUUGUACGGUCCGGCCAAACAAUACAAACAAAAAAUUCAAAACGUAUUGAAAGCGGAAUACGAUGAUAAAAUUGCAAAUCAAAUCAACCAGAUCAUUUCGAAUCACGUUCUGUUUGUUCACGAUCAUACCCAUGGUCGCACAAUUUCGCAACCCACUGCCGAAUCGAUUGACCAUAGAGAAACAUCGGAAAAGAAUGCAAACCUAGGAAAUGAAAUUAGUAAGACGAGUACAGUGCAAUUUCUACAAAACCAAUUUUCCCUAAACCGUUUGCACAAAAUGGUUAAAACUAAGCCAGCGCUUUUGGUGUCGUAUUUGUGGUCUUGCUUGGCCGACACGAUCAACAACAAACCUGCCGAUCCAUCGGAGACCGCAAUGAAUCAACAAAACCCGAUGUCUUCCGGCAAAAGGAAGUAUCAACUAGCACAAUUCAGAAAAUUGAUUACCAACGAGUUGCAAUGGAGCAGUUUGUUCUAUGAUGACGACGAACAAAUCGCCGACGAGCUAUGGAAAAUGAAGUAUCCCGAAAGUAACGAAAUUCCACAAGAAGCGAAAAAAGAAAUUAUGCGAACAGCGGCGAAAUGCAACAUCUCGCCAGCUAUUUGGUCGGAAUUGCUGAAUUGGAUGGGAACAAGCGCCGAUUCAGUUCUACUUCACGAAGUAGUUCAAAGCCACGUUCCAAAUGCUCCAAAAAUUGCAGAUAUGCUUCUACAAAAAUAUUUGUUGAAGGAAGAACAACUUUCUUCGUUUCAUUUGGUGGCCUUUAAUGAAGGAAGCUAUGCAUACGGUAUCAUGAAAAUGCUUUUUGAUAACAAAAUAAUUCCAACCGUAACCGAAGAUGGACUUACUCCGGUUCACAUCGCAGCCCAAAAUGAGUCGAAUUGCGGAUGGGCGAUGUUAAAACUUCUCCUGGAUAACGGAGCGGACCCAAACGCUCGUUUUCAAAACGGAACCACACCCGUCCACUGGGCCGUCAUGAAUCAAGGGAGGCACGCAGCCGAAAUGUUAAAACUCCUACUCGAUCGCGGUGGCGAUAGCGAUAAGAUCGAUGAAAAUGGUCUCGAGCCAAUUCACUAUGCAACGUUGAAUACUAGUGAUUCUGCAUUCAUGCUGUUGGACGUGCUCCUUAAAAAACGAGGUGCCAACGCCACUGACAGCACUGGAAGAACGUUACUUCACUUUGCAGUGUUAAAUGAAGGACAUUUUGCACAAGAAAUAUUAAACAAAUUGAUUGAAAGUGGAGAAAACCCUAAUGCCCGAGAUGACAAGGGACGAACCCCCCUUCACUUAGCAACACGCGAUGAAAAAAUUCAUCAACUUGAAUUGAUGCGAAUUUUGUUACAAAACAGCGGCGAUCCGAAUGCUAUCGAUCAAUCAGGAUGGACACCUGUUCACUACGCAGCGGCUAGUGAAAACGAAGAUGCCCAUGAAAAACUGAAACUUUUGUUAACUUGUAAGGAAAAUUUAACUAUUCAAGACAAAGACGGACUCACACCUAUUCAUUGUACCAUCAUCAAUAAAGGCAAAUGUGGGGACAAAAUGAGAAAACUGGUGGGUGUAAACCCAGAAAAAACAAACGCACACCUCAACUGCAAUGGUGAAACGCUUCUUCAUAACCUUGUCAGUAAGAAUGACGGUAAACUGGAUCUUGUUCAAAUGGUAAUCGAUAAUGGAGGCGAUCCCAACGCAACAGACAAGUUUGGACGCUCACCUGUUCACUCAGUUGUAAGGCUGAACGAGUCACUCGCGGGACUAAACAUGUUGAGGUUGCUGCUUGAAAAUGGAGGAAACGUUAACCUACAAGACAAGGCAAACCAAUUCACACCUGUUCAUUAUGCGGCAUCUAGUUUGAAACUGGGAGUACCUGAAAAGAUGAAGAUCCUCCUUAAAAGCGGCGGAGAUGUAAAUAAGCAGGGCAAUGACAGGAUCACACCUUUACAUUUAGCGGUUGGAAACUCGGGAAUUUACGGACCUCAACUGACAAGAAUGUUACUCAAACUUGAAGCUAAUCCGAAUGCUAUGGAUACCCAACAGCGAACGCCUUUGCAUGAAGCAAUCAGAAAUGCGCAAGAUGACAUUAGUUUUGACGCUAUCCACCAACUGGUCGGAAUGGGUGCAAAUCCGAACGCUCGCGAUAGCAACGGAUGGACGCCGAUGCAUUACGCCGUCCAACAUAGAAGACGCAAUUCGGUCAAAAUGGUGGAGCUUCUGUUACAACAUGGAGGAAGCAUGAAGAUCAAAGACAAUAAAGGGAUGACGCCCCACCGUCUUGCCAAAUGCUGCCUGCCCGAGUGCUUGCCUAUUUAUAAACGUCUAAAUAACGAAGAAUAACAAAAUACCUUUUACAAAAGGUGGUACGGCAGUUGCUUUUUUAACGUAGUCAUUCUGUAUUACUAAAAAAUUCAAUCUUCAUUAUGCAAAU